AUGCAGCUGUGCAGUGGUGCCGUGAGCGUGCACUACCGAGAGGACAUCUGUCAAGAUGGCGAGUCCGUGCAGUUCAUGGCGGUGAACCCCAGUGGCACAACUUUGGCGGUCCUCACGCAGCUACGUGUCCACUUCUGGAGUGCAGGGCCAAAGGUGGUCUACCUGACCUCACUUGCCGUGCCUGGCACCUCGCUCGAGGAUAAUCCAGCCAUGUACGUGCUCUGGCGCCAGCGGCCGGGUAGCCACCUCGCCGUCAUUACGGCUCGCCAUGUUGCAUUUUACGAGGCGGACAUCAACCUCAGGUCGUCCGAGUUUCUUCAGACAAUCGAAAGAAAGGGACAAGCAAUGUACAUGCACCACGUCGACUCGGCGUCGCGUGUGUGCUACUCGAGCGAGGUGCCGAUUGUAACGGGACUUGCCACGUCCGCCGUCGCCGCCGGCCCCUACGCCUUCCUCGUGACGACCACCGCUGGUGUCGUCUACGUACUGGGGUGGCACCAGCAAGGUAUCCUUCAUCAGUGGACCACUGUUGGACUGCAGGGAGGCGGCCACACUUUUUGGGGUAUCACCAACGAAGAAGGGAGCAACAUCGUGACUGCAGCAGUUGACGAUAGCGCUCUCGCCACAACGGGCACGACCCUGGCCAAUUCGUCCUUGUCAUUGACAGCCAUGAGGCUGUCCAUGCCGUCAACGUGGUCGCUGUCGCGCCCGGAUCCCCUGCAGCGGCGUUGUCAGCAAGGCCUACGGGUACCUUCCUCAGAGGCCAUUGGUGACUCCACUACAAGCCCAGCUGCGGCGGCGUCAGCACCCGCUCUAAUUCCGCCUCCCGGCACCGCUGUGCGAAGAUUUGCGACGCCAUUCGAUUCGAACGGCAACGCCACGACUUCGCCACCGCUGCCAGACGGUGAGGCGACGAAAACUGCCGGGCCAUCCGAGGUGGACACGAAUGCCAAGGAACCAACUGCCGAUGAACAAAACGUCUGUGCCAACACAUCUGUGAACAUAAAAUCGCAGAGGCUGCGGCAGCACAGCCACUUGCUUUCUUCCUUUUCGGCUACAGACGCCGCUGACGCUCACCGCAGCACCGGAGCAGAGUUGUUGUCCGGCACCAUCCUGCACGCCUCCUUCGCCUCUGGCUGGAAGGUGCUGUCCUUCGUCUUCACCAGCGGCAGCGUGCUGCUGUGUCGAACCUCCUGCGGCACGAACUUCACUCACCAGGUGGUCCAACUGCAGGGUUGUGUGACGCCAAUCAUAUCGGCGUGCAUGGUGGCCAUCAACGUGCGCCACCUCCUGUUGGCGGUGUGCACCCAGGCGGGUGCGAUCUCGUGCCGGCGCAUCGAUGGCACGUCCCUGGCGGUGCACCCGAACCCUCUGUGGAAAGGCCUUCGCGGCCUCAGCGACGCCGUCUCCAAGUAUCCUUCCGGCGUCCCGUGCGCCUCGAAGUCGCUUGGCUUGAUUGCUGGUAUGGAGUGGUCGCCUUCUGAGGAGCUGCUCUGCGUGGCCUUUUAUAGGCAUGGCAUGGCCCUCGUGCACUACAGCGGCGUUGUCGUUACCCGCCACCUGUCGGGGCCAUCCACCGCCACUCUCCUGCGCACUCCACAAGUGCCCGCGAUGGACUCUCAGUUGGCUCUUGAUGAUGAGACAGCUGUGAUGGGCGAAACCGCGCAGCCACCACCGUCGAGCAAUGCCCAGAAAAGGGUGGCAUCGCUUGGCUGCUCUGCCAUUUCGUGGAAGCCGGACGGAACGCGACUCUGGAUGGCAGCUCCUCGUCAGCCGUACUUCUUCUCGACGCAACUAUCUCGUGUACUGACCGUGGACACGGUCGGACCUACCUUCGGCCACCACUCCCCGCUUGCCCUGCUCGCUGACAACGCGCUUUACCUGGUCUCCCUGUCCGAGGCAGCCACCUCUGAGGGUGUGUGUGAGAUGGUACUGGUGCCGGACAGCUAUCUGCGUGUCCAGUACCCGCUCUUGUACGGUGCUGUGUCGAGCGACGGGAGCUGGAUUACCUGCGCUGGCCGCCGCGGCCUCGCCCUCUUCAACCGGGAGCGCUACUCGUGGAAGUUGCCUUCGAAGGAAGAGUCUUUCAGCUGCAUAGCGGACCCUGUAUGGCUGUGCGACGUCGCCGUGGCGGUUCCGGCGCUUCGGACUGACUCGAGGACAUUUGAGCUGGUCGUCUUGACCACCUCGAGUGUGUCACUGUCGCACGCCUCUGCAUGUGUGGCACUCGAUUCCAGGCCGACUCAGCUUUCCUGCAUUCACCAGGAUCAACGGGGGGAGGGCUAUGUUGUGGUCGUGGACUUUAACCAAGUGGUGCGCGUGUUUCGCUACAAUGUUUUCACCGACGUCCUCACACGACCGUCUUCCGCAAAGCCGUACGUCACUCUCACGCCGGUGCAGCAGCUGGCUCUACCCAACGAGCUCUCAAACCCUCUUCAAGUCAUUCCAGUGUUUCUGCGCGACGAAGAGGACGACCGUGAGGCUCCGCAGCGCACUGAAGAGCAGAUGGGGCUGCGCUUGAUACUGCACAAACGUAGCGACCACACCCUCGUCUGGCUCCGAGGGGAGCUGGGCACAGCGGGCGAUGCUGCCAGCGGCUUUGCUUCAUCGACUGGCAGCUUGCCGCACGUCAGUGCCGUCGCGGAGCCGAUAGACCCAACGAACCACUUUUUUUUGUUUCGGUGCUGGGUGGACCGUACCGCGCCAGUGCGCGGGACGGUGCUGCUGGCGCAUCUGGAGGAGCAAGGCCUCGUCAUGUACCAGCUACAGCUGUCCUCACGCCGUUCAACUACAAUGGUGGCCCCCGUUGCUCACCGUAUAGAGGUGGCAGCGACGCGAGACUUGGAGCUGCUGCCGCUCUGCCCUUCCCCGUUCGACGGGUACAUGCUGUGUGUUGCAACAGACAUGUCGGCACCUCGGCCAAGCCAUCAACACUGUGCCGCCGGCGUGAUUGGUGGUGUAAAUCAAGCCAGCCCACGGCCGCAGCUGGCGCUGCGCCCCAUUCUGUACGCUCACCGCAUCUUGUCACUGCUACUGUUGGAGGCGAUGCCAAGCAGCCUAGUGCCGCCGCGAGUUUUCAGUACACAGGACGUCAGUGCAUCUUCCUUUGCCGCCAGAACCAUAUCACGGCAGUCGUCCAGGUUCGAGGGAGGUGCUACCUGUGCUGUAGCAACCGCAUCUGCGAUCUCGUCUUCCCAUGCUGCUGAGGUUGACGACCGUGUUGUCACCUUCAUGUGGGACCGCAACUUCUUCCACUGGCUGGAAUACAUGCGGCUGAACGACACGUUCUCGGCGGUGUUCGACUACUUCCUCCACACGGCGCUCAACGACUCGCCUCCGGCUGCAGUGCAAGGACUGGGCCGACGCAGCGCUGUGCGGGCAACCAUCGCUCUUCUCCGCAACUACCCCGAGUUUUAUGCGAUCGUUGUGGGGUGCAUGCGCAAGAUGGACUUCACACGCUGGCGCCUUGUGCUGGACUUCCUGGGAACACCGACGGACUUGUUUCACGAGUGUGUUGCUCACUAUUGCUACGCGGAGGCUGUGCACCUGAUUCGUGUGAUCAUGAUGGGGACCUACAAGCCAGUGGCGACGCUGUCUGUCAAUCGAGUGGCUGAGUUGGGCAGCAGUGGCUGCGCGGCGAGCGAUAUCACGCCUCUUCAGCAGGCCAGUCAGUGUGCCGUGGAGCUCUUCGUCUUGUCUGUGGAAAAUGGAAAUUACACCGCGGCCUACGAUAUCAUGCGGUUCAUGGCACGUCUGGAGGAGGAAAUUGGCAUGCCGCCCACGGGCGGCGUUGAUCUUCACGAUGGCAGUGGCGGUGGCGCAGGCGGGUCCGCUAAUUCCUCCGACAGCUUCUUGACGCGGUGGCUGCGGCAGCUUACGUUCGGCGGCACUGCGCACUUCGAUGCAGAGGCAGCCGUGGAGGGGCCGACGGGAACGGCACUGUCUGGGAAAGCGAAGGCCAAGGGUGGCUCUUCGAGUGGGGCUGUCACUAUGACUCACUGGGUCGAGGGGUUUCCUACCCUAGUGUUCGACAUCACCCGUUGCGACCCUGCACGAAGCGGGCGCGCUGCCGAGGAGGCUGCCGAGGAGGUUCAGCGCCAGACCACUGUGCAUCACAUGUUUCGGCGGCACCAUGCGCUCCCUGAGGCGGUGCAUCAGGAAGCUCUGCGGCUGCUGCGCACCGGGUACGUUCUGCAACUCACCAGGCUUAUGGAGACCUUCUCUUUCUCAGUUGCUGGUUUCCUGCAGGCGGUGCACCCCAUCUUCGCCGCUGCUGCUGCUACUACUGACGUCAACGAUGCUGGGGAAGGAGAGGUCCGGUGCGAUUCCGUCAGGGUGUGUCUGCACGACAUCUUUGACGGUCUUCACAAAGAGCUCGGCUUGCCCCGCAGUUUUGCGGUGAACGUGGGUCCGACAGUGAACACGAUGUGGAGUGCAUGGGUGAUGGAGCAACGGACGGCACAGGCUGCCGCCCUGCCUGGGGUGCUGAGCAGCACGAACCCGAGGGUGUGGACGGUGGCUCAGUCGGUGCUGUACGCCUCACCGAGUUUCCUCCGUUCCGUAGAGGCGCUGCACCAGCUCUUCAGCCCCAUCUUCGUGGUCGACUUGGCCUUUUGUGUCGUGCUGAUGCACAAGUCGAACCUUAUUUCACUGCUCCUGUCGCGUGAGACAUCCACAGAUGCACAUGCAGGGCAGCCGGAGGACGUCGCGACAGAUUCGGGGGCCGGAAGCAGUGUCUCUCCAAUGAAGCUGAUUGAUGCUCUUGGACAACUCGACGCACUUUUGGCAGUGCCGGAGAACACAGGGUACAGACCCUUUCUGCAAGAUGUCUUCACCUCUCUGCCGCCCUCCAUCUUGCACGCCAUUGCGCCACCAGUGUCUCCUUGUGCCGGUGUUGUCGCAUCUUCUUCUCGAAAUGAUGCAACUUCGACAGGUGCGACGGAGUAG